UACAAAUGUCAAGAUUGUCUUGGGGAGCCACUCUAUUGCACCAGCUGUUGCAGGAAUCAACAUCAUUGCAAUUCUUUCCACUGGAUCAGUCAAUGGAAUGGUCAAUUCUUCGAGCAAAGUUGUCUUGCUCAUGUUGGACUCGUCAUACACCUCAGUCAUGAUGGCAAACAAUGUCCA